AUGCAAAAUAUGACAGAAAGUAAAACAAGAGACACGCAUUUAAUUGAAAACGAAGAAAAAGAUAAACCCACAGAAACAUUGAAAGAGGAAGGUUCACAAAAAACCGAGGAAACCCUGAAGGAGGAAGUCAAGGAAAAUUCCGAGGAUGAGGAGAUUGACAUGGACGAGGUUAUAGAUAUUCCAGAAGAGGAGGCUUCCAAAACGAGUCUAAUGGCUGGGGUUUUGGUGGUUGACGAGCAGGGCGGAGAGGCCGACUUGGUCGAGUCGUUUGACGGAAUGGGCCUGCGCGAGGACAUUCUCAAGGGGAUUUACGCCAUGGGAUUUGAGAAGCCCUCGGCCAUUCAGAUGACGGCAAUCAUGCCUCUUCUCAAGAAGAGAGACCUUAGGGCGCAGGCGCAGAGUGGAACCGGAAAAACUGCGGCUUUUGGUAUUGCGUCUCUGCAGUCUGUCGACACAAAAAUUCGGGACCUGCAAGUCAUCAUUAUGGAGACAACCAGAGAGCUCGCAAUUCAGACAUGCUCGGUGCUUAGAAGCAUCGGAAAAGAGACGAAGAUAGGAAUCGAGGCCGUGUACGGGGGUGUGAAAAUAUUCGAGACCAUCGAAAAGGUGAAGAAGAGACCGCACAUUCUUGUCGGAACGCCGGGAAGGCUUAUUCACCUCAUCGACAUGGGGCUUAUUAACCUCGACCAUGUUAAGCUCUUCAUCCUGGACGAGGCCGAUGAGAUGCUGAAGAAGGGAUUCCUGGAGCCGAUAAACGUAAUCUACAACAAGAUCCCGAACAAGCAGCUGCAGGUCGGCCUUUUCUCCGCAACGUGGAGCAAGGACGAGCAGGAAAUCACCGCCCAGAUCCUAAACAACCCGGUCAUUAUCUCGCUGAAGGAUGAAGACCAAACUCUCAAGGGAAUCAAACAGUACUUUAUUAACGUAGGAGACAAGAGAGGAUCUUCGGUGGACAUGUGCAAGUUUGAUACUCUGUGCGAUCUGUAUACUAGAGGGUCUAUUGCACAGUCUGUGAUAUUCUGCAAUAAGGUCGAGAGAGCGAUAAACAUCCAGAAGAAUAUGAUAGAGAGGGGGUUCGAGUGCGAAAUCUUCCACAGUGAGCUCCCGCAGGAAGUCCGAAAUGACGUUAUGAAGAGAUUCGCAGAGGGAAAGUGCAGAACCCUCGUUUCCUCGGGGCUUCUCGCCAGAGGAAUGGACGUGCAGACGCUGAGCGUGGUCAUUAACUUUGACGUGCCGCACGAGAAGGAGAUAGAGAACUACAUACAUAGAAUAGGGCGAGCAGGACGUUUCGGAAGAAAGGGAACAGCCAUCAACUUCGUCUGCAUGGACGACGUGGAAAUGAUCAGGAGGUACGAGAAACACUACAACACAAUAAUAUCUCCAUUCCCGAGCAACAUAUCAGAUGUUCUUUAA